GGAGGAUUUCGAUUGACCAACUUUAACCUUGUGCUGAAAUUCCGAGGGAAAACAAGACCGAGGAGGCAGAGACGAAUUCCAGCACGUGUGAGACUGAGAGUGACAAAGCACGACAAGGCGGAUAUGGAUCAGCACAAUGCGCACAUGAACAAUAAGUCUGUCUAUCCAUUGUUGGAAACCCAGCUAGGCUGACUUUGAGGAAUUUAGCCAGUUAUAUCCACACAUGAAAAACCAUUGACAGAGGUAAGGCGAAUACAAACAUGUACUGCUUGUAGAGAGCACGCUGGUGGGUUGCCAUUAUCGAUAUAACGGUAUAACCACCUAGUUGGAUAAUGACCAGUCGGGAGAAGCCAGGAUGCAGACGAUGCUAGCAAUUUAUGAAAAUCGAUAACCGUGGUAUUACAAUAUCUCUUGGAAUACGACAACGGGGAACAGAAAAUGGCGGCAUGAAAACAAUUACCAUUAUGCGUUUCAUCACUGUAUACCACCACCACCACCACUCGGUGAGCGCAGGCUUGGUACAACGUUGCUAGGAUACUGUUGCCAGGCACUCAACUACCGGAUGAUCAUAUGACAGAUAAGACAAGUGAGAUGAAAGAGAUGGCGAGCUAUCAAGAUGAACCAAGACGUCAUCUCCAAGACAGGAGAACCUCCCCGAACACUUCAACCUCAACAGCCUCCAAUGGGAUCCGAGUGGAGUUCACAUUAACCCUGGGAACAGGCGAGUACACCUUCUGAGCAGCAGACAUGUGAUCAUUCUCAGUCUGUUCAUUACACAGUUUAAUAAUGGACGCCUUCAUCAUUGUACAUCAUCUUGUCUAGAAUACUCAUUAGUCUUAUGCACGGCACAUCGCUGAGUAGGAUCACUUCUGUGCUGGAUAAAGUUUCAUUUGAAUACAUCGAGCAGAGAUAAUCAUGUGACGUCAUCAUUUCAUCCAUGAUCAUCACCAUCGGGCCUUACUAGACUUCACAUUCCUAACGGAACCCAUGUCACUUCCUUUGCAUUUUUGAUGAAGUUUAAUGACAUUAAACUUUGUGGUUUGACUCGGUGUUUUGACGACUACGGUAAAAGACUUCGAAAUGUCACGUGAUGUAUAACGUCACUCCUCUGUGUGCACAUAACUUCACGUCAUUUUAACGUCAUCACUUUGAUCUGAUCCGCUACAAUCAUUCUGGCAUCUCCGUUUGAUAAAUUCAUACUACAUCAAACAUUCCAGACGAAAUAUUUCAUCAGUGGAUUUUUCUGCGCUUUUCAAGAGGCACGUACCGGUACUCGAGCAUCGCCUGGGUGUUGGUACCGACUCCAGUCGCCGAGAUAGAAGCUCAAACAAUGGGACCGAUAUCCCAACACUAAUAAAAGGUCAACCUUCAAUCGCGUAAUAUUCCACCUCAGUAGAAUAAUAUAAAACGGACAAGACCCACAGAGAGGGGCUGCGUAUAUUGACAAUCGUUCACGGACCUUAUUCCAACAUAACGAUGAUAACAAAAAGCACAAAAGACAAGGAUACCGAAUCGCACACCGUUGGAAUGAGCUAAGUGCCAGAUACAGAAACGUUCAUGAUGUCAGCAAGAAAAGUUGCCUGUCCGCCCUUGACAUGUCUUUGCGAUCAUCGGUGAUGGUUGGACUUUUAUUUUGAUGCCUUGAUGUCAUUUCAAUGUCUGCAUCAUCAGUAGUACCAGUGUGCCUUACUGUUUCCUGAUUUCUGAUCGAUAUUAGACACUAGUGAACUUGGCAGCGGUGGCAUUGAACGUGGGUGUAUUGUUCUGCACCUACUACGCAUGAAAUUGUGCUAUUGAGUGUCAAAGGUAUCCAACUAAGCGUCAAUCUGAGACCACUUGUGGAUAAAUGUAACUGUGUCGGACCGUUCUGGUUGUUUUGGUGAAAGGCAAAAUAACAGAGACUCCAGAAUGUCGCCACCAGGUAGCAUUUUCUUAGAGUUGGGCAUUGAGAAUCAAUCGGAUUGCGCCAUUCGGUCCAUAGACGCCUCUAAACCAUGCAGCAUGAAAGUACAGCUUCAACCAAUGAAUGAAUACUGGGAGCAGACGACAGGUUCAGGAAAUGUCUUCGAGAGGAGACCUGGAUUUGGAGGGACUACCGAUAAUGAACGGACCCCGAGAACAGGUGUUUGUAGCACCUGCAACGCUCCGUGUGCAAGCUGCAAGGCACGGUACAAUAUGCAGAGACACUCGCUAAGAGAACAUUCGGUGCCUACAAAGCGAUAUCUGUCCUGUGCCUACGUUGAUCUUCCGUCGCUCAAAACCUACAGAAUUGGCAUUGAGUUUCCAACAACUAAUUCUGCAGAAAAUGACGGAUCAAUCCCAAAUGAAUCAAUGUCCAUGACUGAAGAUGACAAAAAUACAUCAGACGCAGCAACGCAGACAGAUGGCUUGCCAGAUAGAAUAUCCAAUAUAAGAGUCGACCACGACGCCACUACUCCGGUGGAAUUUACAAUACAGAUUAAUAAAGAACGUGACCCCCGGAAAAGAAGUACUUCCGGGUCAUCUGCAAGCGAUAUCGCAGCCGAUGAGGCAGCGCGAGAUGAGGGUGUCUCCGAUGGAGGAUUCAAUGUGGAAGAAUCGUCGGGUCAUAGUGGAAGCUACAGUUUGAGUGAUUGUCAGGAUGGAGAAAGAACUCGGUCCUCCACCAUCACCGACCUCGACCAAGACAACCCUGGGUUAGCCAUGGAUGAGGAGCAAACUCAAGACGUUUUCGAAGAUGAGGAUUUACUUCUGAGCUGUGUGCCAGCACCUGACAUGAUUCAACACGUGGAAUCAAAUCUGUUUGAUAUGACAGAGGGGGAGGAGGAUCAUCUCAUGAGAAUGAACGCCGUCUUUGGUGCACCGCCUGUGAUGAUGUCACAUCCUUUCUCAGACUCUAUUAUGCCAGACUCAUUUCAAAACGAACAUUCGAGCGUAGAGCACAAAACACCGGGAGAGCAGAUUAACGAAGAACCACAGACUGAAGUUUUUGGACUCAGAGAUAGCUUAGAUAUUACACCGGAUGAAUUCGAGCAAUUUAUGGCCAUGAACGCUGCUUUUGGUGGACCAGCGGUCAUCCCACCUCCAAAGUGUCUUUCAAAUGACAAUCCAGCUGCACCACCACAACCAUCCAUACAACAGACUGGCAACAAGGUAGAACGCUCUGAGUCCUUUCAAACAACCAUCAACCUAACCGACAGCUUGGAUCUAUCUCAGGAGGAGUAUGAGCAAUUUAUAGCCAUGAAUGCAGCUUUUGGUGGCCCAGCUGUGAUCCCACCUCCACGGAUGGCAUCAAGGGAAGAAGAGUCGCCACCUGAAGAAGUCAAGUCACCAGUCUCUCGACCCUUGACCCUUGACCUCAAGCUGGCAACUAAACCUGAUUACGACAGGACGCCCUCACCUCGCUCCCCUGGUCUCUCAAGACAGUCAGCAGUCAGCUAUUUGCGUCAUACUGACACAUUUUCAUCCAUGGACGAUGACUCGAGACAAAACAGUUUGGACAUUAUUUCCAGGGUUGACUUGGAAGAAACUGCCUUUUGUAACGAACCAAAUUCAGACGAGGAAGAAGACUCUGACGAGGAUGAUGCUUCUCUUGUAGCGUCUUCACAAGAAGAUGAAGGAAGUUUGACUCCAAUCCUCGGGAAUCCGGCGACCUUUGACCCGAGGGUGGUCAAAAACCCGGAUUCACAGUCGACCACGCCGACGAAUGAAGGCAAAAGAAUUCCAAAAGGUCCGGAGUUUCUCGAGGAGCUGUUCCUGAGCGCGCCGAGCGGGGAGGGCUACGGGGAGAAUGCAGUGUUGAUGCGGUGUAAGAUCCACGCCUGGCCACCGGCCCGUGUCAGCUGGUUCUACAAAGACGAAUCGCUCGGAGACGGCGAUCAAGCUGUAGACCCUGACCGUGUGGAGCUGACUUCUGAUGAAACCCAGGGAGUGUAUACGCUCUUAUUGAAGGAGGUUGAAGGCUUCGAUACGGGGGUGUACACCUGUAGGGCUAGCAACGAAAUUGGUGAAGCAACAAGUGCUGCCGAGUUGAUCGUUCAAGAAUCGGCUUCAGAUUCUGAAUACGAUACUGCUCGUUCAUACUUCACUUCCGGGGAUGAGAUAGUGGAUCAUCAUCCAAGCGAGACGUGGUCGCCGAGAGGCGGUUGUGAUGAAGGCAAGGCGGUCCCUAAGCGUACGGUACGGAUUACGACGCACGGAGCCACGGCGCCUCGCUUCGUCUUCAAGCCGCAGAGUAGAGUGGUCGAGAUUGGGCAAACAGCAAGGCUAAUUUGUGGCGUCAGAGGAUCCCCCAAGCCUCUGGUGAGCUGGUUCAGCGAGGGGAUGGAGCUCAAGAACGAGGGACGGUACCGUGUGUUUGAGAGUGAUGAACCGGGCAACUUCGUGCUUGAGAUACGGGAGGUUCGACCCACGGAUGCUGGGACUUACACCUGUACGGCUGGCAAUAUCGUCGGGCAGGUUUAUUGCUCGACAGAACUCUCAGUCGAAGAAUUUGGCGAGCCAGAAGUUGAUGUUAAGAUUGUAGAAGACGAAAUGUCAAGCUUGCCAGUCCAGUAUCUCCAGUAUGGACCUGACGUCAGAAAUGAGGAGGCGGUUGAGGCUCCACCCCCAAAGGAGGAGGCACGGCCUGUUAUCCCACAGAAACUAUUCGCGAUGGAGGGCGAGACCACCAAACUUCAUUGUUCCGUGGUUGGUCAUGAACGGUCAACUGUGACUUGGUAUAAAGACAAGGAAGCCUUAGCAUCUAAUGACCACGGAGUCCUCAGCAGUGACGGAGAUAAUUGUCUUCUGACGUUCUUUAAGACGCGUUUGGAUGAUGAGGGAGAAUACACGUGUUGUCUGACGGAGUCACCUCGCACUUUACUGUGUUCCUGUGUUCUUGUGGUCAAGGAAGCAGAGUCUGAAGCAGACAACAGAAAUGCCCCCACUAGCUCAACCCCUGUACCCUUAGCUCCUCAGAGUGGCACAAGGUCGUCCUCCUUUGAAGAUGAGACAAGACUUUCCAAUCUGAGGCAGACGAAGGUCAAACACACAGACAGCCUUGAGGUUGUCAAUCCACUCCACUUUAGCCCGAUAUUUGACGAUUCUGACAGUAGGAAUGCUGGGAACAGAAGCCGGAAUGGGGUUGGCUACUCUGAGAACCCAAACUCAAGCCACGGGAGCGGCGAGGGCCCUGCCUUAAAAUGGAGGGAGAAGCCUCCUUACGCAUCCCCGAGAAAACACACGGAGAGUCGGAAGAACCGUAAGAGCAGUCGCGGAAGCAAGCACAACCCUGAUUCCAACCAGUAUCUUUAUUUAAGAUAUGACUCGUCCGAUUCUGACUCCUCAAGUGACGGUGUAGGAAGAUCUCGGAAGGAGAAGACACCAAGUCGUAAAACUAAACCUCCGAGGAAGUAUAGGAACUCUUACUCCUCCGAUGAAGAGUUUGAUACUGGACUGGAGAGGAUCAUGGCACUGUCAGAGAAAGCCGACGCUUGCUUGAACAUUGUGAACUCUGUCUUAGAGAUGACGUCAUUGGAUAAGGAGGUUGACGAAGCACUUCAGGAGCAAAUCUAUGCACUCCAACCAGGUGUACGGGAAUCGGAAGGAAACGUUGGUCGCUCUGACAACACAGGAGAUGUUAUUAUGGAUAGCGACACAGACGUUGAUUUUAUCAAACAGAUGGCAGCACAGACUGUAGCUAAUGCUAUCGCUGCGCAAAUGAUGCGUGAAGCUAACAAUCUACAGAUAGAGCCAAAGCUUACCGACGACUCGCCACGAGAAAAUGGUUUUGCCCCAGCUAGCCCAGCAACCAAAGAAUCCUCUGAAGAGGAGGUUGGCAGGACGUCCAAAGACGAUGACCAAGACUUAUGGGGAAGUAAUCCGGAGGACACAUCCCCUAUCUGCUACACAACAACUGCCCAAGUGCAGGAGUCACUUCCAAGCAUUGAAAGUGAAACCGACAGAAACGAUCUAAAGCUGAAUGUUGAUUUUUCUCACGAUAUCACACCAUCCAUGUCACCCAGGACUUCCCUGUUUCGUGGCCCGAAAGACAAAAUCUUCACCUUGGAUGAGAUCAUCGAUUGUCUCCCAGAGACCGCUGUUGAUGAGAACCCUAAUCUGAGUCCACGUUCUGCCUCACCUGGGGAGGAGACUCAGAAAUUCACAUUGUUGGGACGUUACACCCAUUCAGACACUCCUUACUCCAUAGAGGACUCCGAACCGACAGACUCGCCUCUCGAAGAAUCCUCUCCCGAGAUUUUGACUCCACUCAAAGACACUUUCGUCCUCGAGGGAGACGCCAUGAGACUAGAGGUCGAAAUAAGAGGUUGCCCAGUCCCCGAUGUGACUUGGUACAGGGAUGGUACUGAGCUACAUCAAGGCAAGAAUCUCCAACUAAAGUUUGAUGGAGAGGACACUUGGGCUCUCAUCAUCAGGAACAUACCGGCGCGAGAAGCCGGAGUGUACACCUGCAGUGCCACGAAUAAGCUGGGAUCAUCAUCAACAAGUGGGGCCAUUGCUGUAGCAGGGCUUGCCGAUGGUCCGGAUGCUACAGAUGCUACAGAUGGCGAUGAAGAAGAAUGUGAUGCCCAAGAAGGAAAUCCUUUCAGCCCGACAAUCUCAAUAUCGUCCCCCUCAGCUCUGGAUGAUGAUGUCUUUGUACAGACCAACUCCAAAGAGGGCUUACCACGGAUUCUGCUCAGUGCAGACGAAACAGUCAUUGACGACGUCACCCCAGGUCAAAGCGGGGACGAGGACUUUCAGGAACUGACAGCCCAAUUGACUGAAGCUCUCCACUUGGACCGAAACUACAACUGGGCCGACGAAUCAUCGCCAGAUAUCAGCAGGUCAAACUCCAACAACUCUGACAAGGGUGCGCCUUUCCGUCUCAACAAACGCAACCGUCCGGAUAGUAACAUCGAGACCAUCCGCCAUCGGAAAGCUUUCAGGAAGCAUCCGAGCAGAGAUAGCAUGACAUCUACAGAACCUUGCUCGACGGGUAACUCGACAUCUGAGAGCGACACGGAGGGGGCUCCCAAAUUCACCAAACCCCUGAAAACAACUGAAAUUCUGGAGGGAGAAUCAGUGCAAUUUGAUGUGUGUGUGAGCGGCGAGCCAGAACCUAAGGUCCGGUGGUUCCACGAUGGAACGGAACUCAAGUGCACGGACCGCAUCAAAUGUUCCCGUGUUGAAAACAGUGGUGACAGUUAUUCAUGCCGGCUGGAAGUUUCAAAAGUCAGGACUAUUGACGAUGGAAAAUACGUCUGUAAAGCAGAGAACAGUAUUGGUGCCAAGAGCUGUGCUGCCUUCCUCAUUGUUGAGGCUCUGAACGCUAAUGAUGGAACUGGAGAUGAUGAUAGGAUCGUCUCAAGACUCCUCAAAGAGAGAGAAGAGGAGCAGAGCCUUGGGGAAUCAUCUCAGAUUGAGGAGGAUUUAUUGAAGAGUUUCACUGUAGAGUCCGAUUACAGUGAAUCAAACGGCAGAAUGUCUGUCAAGAAAGGUGAUCAGGUGGAGUUAUUAGAUAGGAGCAGUAAAGACAGGUGGCUGGUCAGACACAAGACCAACGCAGAAAUGAUUGGAUACAUCCCAUGUACACUGUUGAAGAGAAGUCCCUCCUCAGCCUCAGACAAAGAAGACAAGAAAAUAAUCUACACCUUCAUCUCGAAACAGAGCAGUGAGAGACGGCCAAGUGGCGGUAUGAAGAAACGACCGCGUGUCGUCCGACAUUUAUCUCUUAAAGAGGGUCAGCUGUCUGAACUGGAUGAGGGAAAGAUGAUUGAAGAUUCCUAUGAUCUCUACAUGGCAGUCGCCUCCUACACACCAACAACCGAGCAGAAAGGCUCCAUCUCCAUGACCGAGAAUCAAGUCUUUGAGGUCUUGGAUUCAAACAGCGCCUUGAACUGGCUAGUCCGGGGUGAGACCGGUGACAUAGGCUGGGUACCAGCGAGCUACCUGACGCCGUACGUGAGUAGCAGUCAUAACGGCACUCGACGAGGCUCGAGGAAUUUAUGGGAGGAGCAGGAUGGUCCUGAGGCCGAGGAAGGCGAGGAAGGGGCGGAGGAGGUGGGGAGCAAGUGGAAGGAGGCUAUGACGAAAAGAGGGUAUGUCUUGAAGGAGCUUCUGGACACAGAGCGAGACUUCGUCAAGGAUCUUAAGUAUGUCACAACUCGCUUCAUUCCUCCCAUCCAACAUCCCAACGUCCCCAUCAUCCUGAAAGGCAAGAGAGAUGACAUCUUCUGCAACAUCAAAGAGAUCUACGAAUUCCACAAUACUAACUUUCUUCAUGAGUUGGAAGAGUGUGAAAAUGAUGCCAACAGCAUUGGCAGAGCUUUCAUCAAAUGGCAAUCUACCUUCAUCGACCUGCACGUCAUGUACUGCAAGAAUAAACCCAAGGCAGACACAGUGUUGACACCUGCGGCGAAAGCAUUCUUCCUGCAAUAUGGAGGCGGUACCGGUCCCGGCCAACUCGGCCUUGGGGAUUACCUGAUCAAACCGGUGCAGAGGAUUACAAAGUACCAGCUGCUUCUGAAGGAGAUCAUCAAGUAUACAUCCAGAGCUAAAGAAGACUGCCAAGAAUUGGAGGUUGCAUUGAAUGGGAUGAUUGAAGUGCCAAAGAGAGCCAAUGAUUUGAUGCAUCUGAACCUGAUUGAGGGAUUCCAGCGUGAUGUAACUGAAUUGGGUAAACUCUACCGUCAAGAUUGCUUCUCCGCCUGGUCCGGUAAACCCAAAGGCCGAGGCAAGGAGAGACAUCUGUUCCUCUUCAAGGAUAUCCUGCUCUUCACUAAGCCCAAGAAGGAAGUCAAGGGAGAUGUAGUCGGCUAUAUCUACAAGAGUCACUUGAUGGUGGCCGCUCUAAAUGUCACAGAGGACCAGUCAGAUGAGAGACGAUUUGAACUGUCUCAGGGCAGAUUGGCACCGCUUACUCUUCUGGCCAAGACAAAGUAUGUGAAGGAGGCUUGGGUCAAAUCACUGCAUGAUUUGAUUGCUGAGGUCCCGAAAGAUCUACGGGAAGGCAAAUCCUCUAGCGAGAGGCGCUUUGACCACUCACCAAUCAUGCGUAAACGCCGUGCGGUAUCCAUGCACUUGUCCGGAAGCUCCAUGACAUCACUAUUGGAACCAGGUUUGAAUGGCAAUUUCAGCAAAUCCACCGAGUCUCUGAUCAGCUUAAUAUCCAGCCCAACACUGCUGAGCGUCCCACGAUCUGGUCGAGGCAGUAUCGACAGUAUGACUGGAUCAGUGGACUUGAGCGGUUUCACUACUCUUGUCCCAUCUGUCGGCUCGACGUACGAAGUUCUUGAAGACUUGGUGGCAGACGGUCACGAGACAAGAGAGAUCCUGAAAGGAGAUGCCGUCAAGCUCCUGCAGGUGUGCGAGAACAACCUGUUCCACAUUCAGACCAUCCCGUCCAAUGAGAGCAGUCAAGGGAUGGAGGGAUACGUGACACCGGGAUUGCUGAAAAAGAUGAACUUGGCUGAAGACCCCCCUGCGUUCACAGAGAGGCUAAAAUCGUGCCUGGUCAGCACCGAUGAUUCGGCCGUCUUAAGAUGCUCCUUCACUGGCAGGCCAACCCCGACAGCUACCUGGUCGCUACCUAGGCACCUAAACACGGACAAUAAACGGAUAGAGAUUGUGAACACGGAGGAAAGCUCAAUGCUAACUCUGCACAGGUUUACCAUGUUAGACGCCGGAGAGUUUGCAUGCACUGUGGAGAAUUCCAAUGGAUCGGUGUCCUGCACAGCUAAACUUGAUGUCAAAGGUGAGACCCUCGCUCCAACAGAUCUCAACCUGGACCAUGUUCGUGACUCCCCCCGAGCCCGUUCCUCCAGUCCUCUCACUACCCACCCUGCAUCCCUGGACGAACCCUCCAUGGUCCGCUCCUCCUCCUUGGAGAAUCUCAAGACAUUAGAUGACGACUUCGAAGUCUUGCCUGGUGAGAUUGUCCGUGCUUCAUCGGUCUCCGGACGCGGAAUGCUGAACUCGAGCAAGAAAUCCGGCAUGGAUAAGAUUGGGAGUUUCCGGAAGCAUUUCCGGAAGGCCUUCAGCACGGUGGGAAUGGAGAAAGACAAGAUCUUUGCCAACUUACAGAGAUCGCAAAGUGGGAGUUCUUUACAGAAAAGUAAACACCAACAGAGAUCAACAACGUGCAUUCACUGCAAAGCAUUGAAGGACGAUGUAGGGGAGGAUGGACACGCCCUUUGUGAGAUGUGCACGCAAAGAGCAAUGGCGGGGAGUCAAGAAACACUGAUGGAAGAAGAAGAAGAUGCGGCAGUCAAAUAGGACCUGUGUUUGUUCAGGAGAUGAAAGACGUUUCCGAGAUUGAGAAGAGUGCAGCCGCCUUCGUAGUUAAGAUCAGCGGUGACAAACCCAUCACGGUCAAGUGGAGUGACGAAGACGGGCCAGUGGACAUCGACG